AUGACAGCUCCGGUCCAAGGAAAUGGAUUCGCUGAAAGGGACAACAGAGCAAUUCCUUUUCAAGGUGACCAGCCCUACGGAAUGCCUGCAGACUUGGUGAUUGCCGGCGCGAUGGAGGUUGACACCACCGACGAACGCCUAUGGGUGCCACAAGCUCCAUCCGUUCAUUUUCGGCCUCUUCUGUUCAAUGUGAGCCAGGGCUACUUUGUCAACAUUCUGCGGGUUCGAAAAGCUGGCGUCCUGUCUCGCCACCAGCACACCGGACCGGUCCACGCGUUCACGCUCCGUGGGCGCUGGCACUACCUCGAACACGACUGGCGGGCGCAAGCGGGCAGUUACAGCUUCGAGCCCCCCGGCGAAACCCACACGUUGGUGGUGCCGGAUGACUGUGAGGAAAUGAUCACGCUGUUCCACGUCACAGGCGCGUAUGUGUACUGCGACCCCCACGGUAAGGCAGAAGGGGUGGAAGACGUCUUCAGCAAGCUCAAGCUGGCUCGCGAGCAUUACAAGAGAGUCGGCCUGGGCGAGGAUUUCGUGGACAAAUUAAUCAGAUGA